AUGGCUGAAGUAGACGAAAGCACACUCGUAGGCGCUCUAAAAGAACUCACUAUAUUUGGUAGAACAUCGCUGGAAUAUGUGGAGAAAGACACUGCGAAUGGAUGUACUUUACAAGAAGUUAAUGGGAAAGUUCUUCCUUUACUUGGCCUGAUGUCAGCAGGGGCAAAGUUCUGUAACAGUCUGGGUGUGAAAAACCAGAAGGAGGCAGAAAGUUUAUGGGAACGCUUCUUUCAAAAUACAGAGGUCCGAGAAAGUGUUGAAGGUUUACUGCAGUUGGAAGUGGAGUGGGACCGUUUUUUGAAACGUUUGGAUGUUCAGAUGCAAAUGAGCGACACGGUUCUUUCCCAGCAUCCUGCAGCUCAGACGCUCAGCUCAGAUAUGCGCUUUUUACACGUCCAAACCAAAGAGAAUGUGUCUCUGGGUCAGUAUUUAGGGAAAGGGGAGAAUCUCCUGCUUGUGCUGCUCAGGCAUUUCGGAUGAUUGCCAUGACGGGACCACCUGACUGAGCUGAAGAACAGCAAGAUGCUUCUGGAAGCUCAGUCACUGCGGGUGCUGGUGGUCUCGUAUGGCUCUCUUGAAGGGGCCACUUUCUGGCUCGAGCAGACAGGCUUUGAAUUUGACAUGUUGCUGGAUACAGAGAGAACGGUGUACAAAAUGUUCGGUCUGGGUUCAUCCAUGAGCAAAGUCAUGAAGUUUAAGCUGAUGUUCCACUACUCUGAGAUUAUGGCCAUGAACCGGACGUUACCCGAAAUGCCGCCUCAGUUCAUCGAGGAUCUUUUUCAGAUGGGUGGCGAUUUUGUGCUGGAGCAGGAUGGUAAAGUGAUAUUUUCCUACCGGUGUAAAAGCCCUGUGGACAGACCAUCCGCUACUCAGAUUCUGGCCACCGUCUCUGCUCACUAUGCGCAUUAAUAAGUUCUGGAGAAAAGAAAAAGGACUUCCCAUGCUUUUCUUGCUUGCUUGCCAUUAAGAUAAGAAGGUCCAUUUCCUGAAAACUUAUAUUCAUUCGUGUUUUCUUUUAUUUACUAUGCUACAUAGAUGGCCAAAAUAAAGUAGAGAUUCCAGACGCUCAAAUUGAAGUGGAAUAGUACUCCAAUACAAAUUUUUUACAAAUAACACUUCAGAAUAAUGGUCCAUUACUUAAUAUUAGUUAAUGCAGUUAACUAAUCAUGAGUAAUCUUGUAAAGCAUUAAUUAAACAAAGUAUAGUUCUAUGUUUACCAAUGCAUCAUUAAAAUCCAAAGCGUUGCUUGUUAAUGUUACAGUCCACGGAUCCUUAAAGUCUUGAAUCCACAUUUCAGAGGUCUUAAAAAUGCAAUUGAACCAAAUGAUUUUUACAUUUCCCAAAAGAUGUUUAACAGAGCAAGGAAAUUUUCACAGUAUGUCUGAUAAUAUUUUUUCUUCUGGAGAAAGUCUUAUUUGUUUUAUUUCGGCUAAAAUAAAAGCAGUUCUUAAUUUCUUAAACACUAUUUUAAGGUCAAAA